AUGACUUCUCUUACUAAAGAAAGAAGUGAUCCAGCUGACAAUGCUCUCAGAAAUCCAGAAAAUGAGGCACCAAAUGACUGUAGUACCAAUAUUCAGCCUUUAUUUGCUGAUUCUAAUAUAAUUUCUCAGAUGGAAAGCAACCCAGUGAACAGGGAGCUAGACACACCAACCUCCCAGGAGCAUGAUGUUCCUCAAGUAGCAGAAAACAAUGAGCUUAAAAUAGAGAAGACUCAAAAACAUCCUCAAAAAGAAGACUUAAGGAAGGAAGAGUGCCUUCUCAUUCAGAUCCCCAUUCCUAGAAAAUGGAUCUUUCACAAUCCCUUAACUAAUAGAACAAGAUUCUACUCAGGAAAAGUGGAGAUGAAAACAAGUAAUUUCUGUCAUAGCAUCAUAAAUUACAAAAUUCCUCUCCAACUCUCAAUUUCAUGGAGAAAUCCAUUCAUCAACAAUCACGAGAUGAGAAGAAUGAUUCACCGUCUGCUGUGUGGGAGGCAUUUCUCUCAGCCUGCAAGUCUUCAAAAUACCGUAUGGGUAAAGCAAAAAUAUACAGCAUUUCUUCCUCGUCAGAAUGUCCUCACCCACGUGGAGAAGGCCAUAAUAUUGAGAAGACCUUUGAAGAUGUACUACUACCAUACCGUCAUUGAGAGACUUACAGCAGGGAAAUUUUACAAGUCAACUGAUACUAAAGGGAAGGAUGAAUUCCACAUUUUUGCAAGGCCUGUGUUCUGUGUCCCAUCAACCCAAAUCCAAGGCACAUUUAAUGGAAAAGAUUUUGAGGAUCAUUUGAAAUCUCACUAUAAUAGGAAGUUUAUGAUAGAGUUGCAGAAAGCAGCACAAAAUAAUAGGAUAUCUCGGGAAGAAACACCUUUGAGAAAAGAGGACAAUUCGCUCUCCACAGCCUGUGCACUGAUACUGCAUUUGCUUCCUGUGCUGUUGCUCCCAGGUUCUGGGGGUGCUGGCAAUGCCGCUGCCAGGGGCACUGGGUUCACAGAUGUAGCUGUGACUUCCAGAUGUCUAGGGUCAUGGGUGACACCACCACAACCAUUGGAGGAGGUUUAUCUGGGUAAUAAGCACUGUCUGGACUCCCAAAGCCUCUUGGCUCAGGUGCUUGUGCAGUUCCUGGAACCUCAGAUCAUGGGGACUGCUGCUCCUGCAGAGGGCCCAGGGUCUUAUACGCAGCUCCUACUGCUGGCAGAGCUGGUGUUGUGGUGCCACCACCUGGGGCUGGCUCACAGGCACUGCUGCAGCUCCUGA